AUGGCAUCAGGUGCUCCGCCCACGAAUCCUCAAGAACCCCAGUCAUCGACGCCACCUUUAAGGGAGGACACUGCCGGUGAGAACCCAGCCAUUCAGCUCCUACCCCCGAUAGAGCAGCCAGAGGAAGGAAUAGAGGUCGAUCCCAGGGACAUCGAUUCUGCCUAUGGCGACUCUGUGGCGAGCGAAUUGACGUCCCUCACGUCCAGCAUCACGCGGGGCAUCUGGGAGAACGGGCGACGGUAUCAUUCGUAUGGACGGUCACAAUAUGCAUUCCCCAACGACGAGGCCGAGGCCGAAAGGCUCGACAUGCAACACGCCAUGCAGUCUCAUCUUCUGGGCGACCGGCUAUUCUGGGCGCCCAUCAGCGAGACUCCUCAGAGGGUGCUGGAUCUGGGCACCGGCACCGGCAUCUGGGCAAUUGAUUUCGCGGACAUGUUCCCGUCGGCCGACGUUAUCGGGACCGACCUCAGCAGCAUCCAACCCACGUGGGUGCCGCCGAACUGCCGCUUCGAGAUCGACGACGCCGAGGCAGACUGGACGUGGCCAGAAGAGCACUUUGACUACAUCCACAACCGCAACUUUGUGUGCGCCAUUCGGGACUGGCCGGCCCUGAUCCAAAAGACUUACCGGCAUAUCGCUCCCGGCGGCUGGGUCGAGUGGCACGAGAAGCACCCGGAAUUUCUGAGUGACGAUAACUCCCUCCCGCCCGACUCGGCACUUGCUCAAUGGAGCAGGAAAUUCUUCGAGGCCAGCGUGAUUUUCGGCGCCGACGCCCGUUCCCCGCGCAACCUGAGGAGACUGAUGGAGGAGACGGGCUUCGUCGACGUCGAGGAACACGUGCUCAAACUGCCCGUGGGGUCAUGGCCCCGGGACCCGCGGUUGAAGAAAUGCGGCCUGUUCGAGAUGGUCAACAUGACCCAGGGGAUCCAAGCCCUCACCGUCAUGCUGUUCACGCGCUGCCUGGGCAUGACGCCCGAGCAGGUCGAGCUGUUCCUCAUGUCCGUGCGCAAGGACGUCAAGAACAAGAGCAUCCACAGCUAUUAUCACUUCUACGUCGUCUUUGGCCGGAAGCCUCCCUUACCCCGCUGA